AUGAUUCUAGGGGUAAUAUUAGUCCUAGAUCUGAAUUGGGAGUCCAUUGCCCGUCGUGCGACCGAACAAAACCACCAAGUAAUUUCGUUAGCAGGAGGAAAUCUGCCAAUCCAACUACGACCUGUCUGGAAUGCCGGGACCACCGCAAUUCCGAGGUCCAAAGGUGCCGUCCUUACAUUGAGAAACCUGGCCGUCCGUCCUACCUCAGCUGAGAGAUCUGCCCCGAAAAGAACCGACAGAGACGCUGGCCUAUCGCCUCCUAACCAGAGAUCUGGAACCCAACCUACAUCGCCAGAGAAGCUACGGCAACAACAUACAGCUAGGAGUUUGUUCGGAGAGCCAGGCAGCCAGCCGCAGAUAGUGCUGGGGACGCCAAUCCCACCAAUCCAAGCGAGCUCGCGGCUCUUCCGGGCUCUAGCUCCCUCACCGCCUGUGCCGCCCUCGACCGAUCCUGUCGCCUCACAUUCUGAUCCAUCUACUGUCCGAAGCAGCACGACUGGUGUGGACUACUCUUACCUGGCUGUUAGGUUCCACAAGGGCGGGAAGGACUCGCAAGAUGAUGCCUCCAAGGCCGGCGCCAGGGCCAAGCAGGCCACUAUUCGGCGCGACCAUCGUUCACGACGCCGUGCAGGGGAGGCUGUGUCACUAACUCCCACAAUCUCUCAACUCGGCGUCUUUGAAGGCUCUGAUGGUCCUGGAGAAGAUGGGAGUCAAGAUCGACUGCAGCCAAAUGGGCUUCUAGAUAGGGAUGGAAUAACCAAGGAAGCGGAUGACAGGGGACAGUUCUCUGAAUCUGAUGUUGACGUCGAGGACUAUUUCAACUUGCUGCUUUCACCUGCUCGACCACGGAAGUACCUCGAACACUUAGGGGUAGAGUCUGAUUCCGAUCUAGGGGACGAAGACGAGAACGAUGAUAGCAAUGCCUUGGACGAAAGCCCUCUUCGCCAUUGCUCGCGGCAGCCUUCCACAAAGCCAGGGCCUCGUCGCCGUGCUCGCCGUGCUCGCCGUGGUCCUGCCCCUGGUACAGGAGGGCGGCCAAAAAAAUCUCAAAGGCAAACUCGAUCGUCGGGGCCGCCACGACGGUACCGGAGUCCAGUGAUGAUUCCACCUGAAGAAUCGGCCGUAUUUCGCGCACAAGAUCCGGUGUGGAAUGGGGACCUGGACGCUUGCGCCUUGACUUGUCGUGAUAAAGCAAUGCUCCGUGAGUUCUGGACAAAGCUGGACAAUGACCAAAUGCAAUUUUGUGGUCGAUGUCAAGAGCGUUGGUUCCAGAUGAAGAUCGAUUCUGAUGGCAUUUGUGCGCGUUGCUGUCGAAAGGAUGAUAAACGCGGCCCUGAAGAGCCGUACUUCUUCUCUGUGGACAACCAGUUGGAUUUUGGCUCCGUACCGACUCAAUUGCCUCAGCUUACACCUACUGAAGAGUCUUUAAUAGGCCGUGUUCACGUCCACGUGAAUAUUAUGCUUGUGCGGGGCCAGCAGUACAAAUAUCGGGGACAUGUUGGCUUGGUGUACAACCAACUCCCGCUUUUGCCGCGGGAGUUGAACACUGUAUUACUCCGUCCUUCCAAUACGUCGUCCCAUGCAAACCUUAGCCGGCAAUUCACCCGCCAGUUCCGUGUACGCCGCCAGCCAGUUGCCAUAUGGCUUAACUACCUCCGGCGCCAUCAUCCUGGCUAUCGAUGCAUCGUCAUCGACGAAGAGCGGCUGAGUCAAUUGCCUCAAGAUGCCAAUGUCCUGGAUGCCAUCCCCCAGAGCCAGGUGGAGGCUGCCGAAGUUGGACCCGAGGAAGAUGAGGAGGCAGAACCGGAUCUGGAGGACGAGGCUGCGGUGCCGGACCUUUUGGCCAAGGACACGGAGCUCGAUGCUCUGCGGUCUAUUCUUGCCGGAGAACCAGAAGCUGAACCAAGGCUUUCCACAAGCUUCCAGGAGCAGGUGCAGCACGAGCUGCAGCUUCCGAAUAUACGGCGCACACCCAUUAAUGAGUUCAAUCGCUCUCAUGCCCUACUCUCCUUAGCUUUUCCCUGCCUCUUUCCUGACGGGAGAGCCGACUUUGUUGAGCCUCGGCUACGGUCAAUUGACUACAAGGACUACAUCGAGCACGCGAUGCGCUGGCAUGACGGGCGUUUUGCACGCCACCCGACCUUCCGCUUCGUCGCCUUCAACACACUAAUGCGGUCACAAGCACGUGCACGGUCCAAAUUCUUCGUGAAGCAACAUGAUGGCACCCGCGAACCGCUCACGCGAGAGCAGCUUAUUCAGGCUCUCGAACACAGCGAUGACCCCGAGGCGCAGGCGUUGAUCAACUCGAUCACAAGACACGCGGUGUCUAUUCGCGGUACGCGGCCCUUCUGGAACAGAAAAAGGCAGGACCUCGAGGCCUAUGCCUAUAACCUUGGUUGUCCCGGCGCAUUCAUCACAUUUAGCCCGGCCGAUUUGCACUGGCGGAGCCUCUACCAACACAUGCCCCAAUAUGAAGACUGGCUAGCCGCCUCCGAGCCGGAGAGGAUGGCUCUUUCGCGCCGACUAUUGCGCCAGAACCCUCACAUUGCUGCUUUCCAUUUCCACCGCCGAUACUGCUUCUUUCGAGACGUCGUGUUGAGGACAAAAUUCAACAUCACGGAUUACUGGGAUCGGUAUGAAUGGCAAGGACGUGGUAGUCCUCACAACCAUGGCUUGUACUGGAUGGAGAAAUGCCCUGGAGCCGACAUGGAGGACGAGGCUGCUCGUGAUGUAUUUGCGCGCACGUGGGGAUUCCACAUCACUGCCAUUAACCCGGAGCCGAGUAGGACUAUGCCUCAGGGCGAGGGUAACCCCCUGAGCGUAGAUCCGCUGAGCACAGAAAUGACGUUCCUGCGGCUCUCACAAAUCGUCAACCGUUGCCAGCGUCACAGGUGCAAUACCACGUACUGCUUGCGUGUAAGGAAAAGAACGGGCGACCUAGCGAGGGAUAUGGAAGGCGCUGCUGCAGAUAUCGAGGCGACCAAUGCGGCCAGCCCAGAGAGGGAGUGUCGUUUUGACUUUCCCCGUGCCUUGCGGGAGCUGGCCGCAGUGAUCAGGAAGGAAGGCAAGUCGUACUACGUCUUCGAGGCGGCCCGGAAUGACAACCUCAUGAACCACUUCAAUCCUGCCAUCAUCCUAGGCUGGCUAGCUAAUAUCGACAUAUCUCCUUGCACCAGCUUACAGGCGGUCAUUACCUACGCUGCCAAGUAUUGCAGCAAAUCUGAGAAGAAGACCGAACCUUACUGUAAGCUCGCAGACCAAGUUUUGCCGCACACGGCACACCUUCAACCCCUAUUAUCCUUCUCCUCCCGCCUUAUGAAUAAGCUGAUUGCCGAGAGGGAUUACUCGGCGCAGGAGAUUUCCCAUCUGCUGCUUAACAUUCCUCUGCAGGAAGGCACGCGGAUGGUGGUCUCCGUGGACUGCCGUCCGUUGGAGCAGCAUGCACGUUCGUAUCGCGUCGAUGAAGAUGUCAACGAGACCGUCGGCAGCUACAGGAAAUAUCUGGAGAGAAGUGACCAACAUGAGGAUGUAACCUACCUCGAGUAUCUGCAAUCGUACAAUCUCAAGACGUGGAGGAGACUCGCUGCCAACGCGAAGAAGAGAGUCCUGUCUUACUUCCCUCGAUACAGGUCCAUGGAGGCAUCUCCGCAGUUUAAUGACUUCUGCCGUGUGAAAUUAAUGAUGGUGCAUCCCCAUCGCUCUCCACAAGAGUUGCUCAUUGUGGGCGCGCUGCGGUUCGAUUCCUUCGCGGCUGCGUACAAGUUUUGCAGAGAGCACCAUGGCACCCAUGCGGACGACCAUUAUGGGGAGCCAGAUACAAAUGAAUUGAGGGCAGAGGACGAUGAAUUUGAGCUUGAGAUCCAUAAAGACCCCACCGUGGAGGAGGACUGGCAUGAACUCGCCCGCAUGCUGCCUGACCGGCCGCUGGAGGAAGAGGAUAUCGACAUGCUCGGCCGCCGAGACAUCGACAUCAAUUAUGAUUCACGUUGGACGCCCUUGGAAGCUCGCGAUUCCCUAAAUCGAGACCAGCGCCUAGUGUAUGAUACGGUGAUGGACCACUUUCUGAAUCAGGAGCCUUCUCAGUUGUUGCUCCAUGUAGAUGGUGGAGGUGGUACUGGCAAGUCAUACCUCAUUAAUCUGCUCUCCGCGCACCUCCAAGCUGCGGCUGGCGGGAGAGGGACACCUGUUUGGCGUGCCGCGCCCACUGGCGUCGCGGGAAAUCAGAUAUCGGGCACUACCUUGCAUUCCCUGUUACACCUCCCAAUCAAUAAGGACUUCAAGCCCCUCUCAGCCAUUGAUAAGGCCCAGCUCCAGAAGACGCUCAAGGACUUCAAGUAUCUGAUCAUCGAUGAGAAGAGCAUGCUGGGACUGCGACAGCUAUCCUGGGUCGAUGACCGUCUGCGCGAGGCGUUCCCGAAUAGGAACGAGGAAUUCUUUGGUGGACUAAAUAUACUGUUGGUUGGCGACUUCUUUCAACUUCCCCCCGUGCUGCAGAAGCCGCUUUACUACGACAAGGAGGUACGAGGAGUGGAGAUCAAAGGCAGGAACGCGUAUAGACACUUCGAUAAAUCGGUCUUCUUGAAAAUUGUCCAGCGGCAACGGGGCGACGAACAGAAGGCGUUUCGCACAGCUCUCGGGGAAUUACGGCUGCUCCAACUAUCGGUGGAGUCCUGGAACUUGCUGGAUAGACACGCUAUGAAACUGAAACUGGGGUGA